AUGUCACACAGGCAAAAAAAUAAAGCUGCAAAGGCAGAUCGCGCCUCCUUUUUCUUGGCCAAAUCGGCGACACCACACGCACGCGAAGGCCGCAGCCCAGAUGCAGAUGGCGGUGCCGCUCGCUCCGAGGAGGAUCCACCUUUAUCCCCAAUGUCCUCAGAUACAGGACCGGAGGACAGCCCGCCUACAACUCAGCAAUUGAAAAAAAUGCUGUCGGAACUUACUGACACCAUUCAGAAGAACAUGGCGACGCAGAUACAAACCCUCACCGCAGAUCUCAGGAAGGAGAUUAUAGAGGUGAGCCAACGUACUGCUCAGAUAGAGAAGAGGAUGGAUGAUUUCGCUGAAGCGCAUAACGGUCUCGCGGACAAGCUGCAUGAAUUGGACACCGUCCUGCACGACCAUGCGGUCAAAAUGGCCGACAUGGAGGACAGAUCAAGACGCAAUAACUUGCGUAUCCGCGGUAUACCAGAGUCAGUGCUCAACCCUGCACUUCCCGACUACCUGUUAGACCUCUUCCAAGCACUGUCACCGGAGACGCACCCGGAUCAGCUUAUCAUCGACCGAGCACAUAGGUUGAGAAGACCGAAACACCUCCCUAACUCCACCGCGAGGGACGUGAUAGUCCGUGUACACUUUUAUCAUGCCAAGGAGAGGCUAGUUCGAGCAUCCCGCACACCAGGCAUGCCAGAUCCCUACAAGGACUUAA